GUUUAACCCCCUGCGCCCUGCCGCUCCCCAAAACGAAGAAAAAUUUCUUCACGGUGGUAGCUCCGUGAACAAUGUGCGCUCGGCCCUCUGCAGCGUGCACCUUGCUCGGCCACUCGCUGUAGAACAGUGGACGAGGGGGUGCAAAAGUGGUGUUUUGCCUGUUUACUGCGCUGCACUAGACCCAGGACCACCCCUUAUAAGGCUCCGACACGCCGCUUCCCUCCUCUGCUCCCGCUCCUGUACCCGCUCUCUACUCUACUCUUCCCCUGUCACAUCAUCCUAGUCGCUAUGGCUGAUCACACACCAGCGCCGCACGAGUGUGCGCCCCUGCUCUCCUCGCCGUCGGCUGCCACGCUCAGCGACCAGGUUCUGAUCGACGACGAGUCGAGCAUCUCUCGCCUCGUCCUGAUCAAGCAAGAGCUCGUCUGGCUCGUCACCUCCUCGGUCCCUCUUGCGCUGUCGUACUUCUGCCAGAGCUCGUUUGCCUUCGUCAGCAUGCUGAACGUUGGCCGCCUGGGCGUCAACGAGCUGGCCGCGGCCUCACUGGCGGUGAUGAUCAUCAACUUUGUCGUCAUGAUGCCCUGUGUUGGCCUGGCCUGUGCCCUGGAGACAUUCUGCAGCACGGCGUUUACCGCGUCGCACGACAAGACACGCGUGGGCUUCCACAUGCAGCGCGGGCUGGUGGCAGUUACACUGCAGCUGGUGCCGACCGUCCUGCUGUUUGUAUACAUGGACUCGAUCCUGCAGUCGAUCGGCCAGACUGAGGAGGUGGCAACGCUGUGUGGCGAGUUUCUGCGCAUCUGGUUGCUUGGCAGCUGGCCCCUGGUAGCCUUUGAGUGCCUGAAGCGCUUCGUUCAGGCGCAGGGCAUCAUGCAGGCUGGCACCUGGAUCAUGGCUGUGGUUGCGCCGAUCCACUUCCUCAUGAGCCGCAUGCUCGUCUGGUCGGACACGAUCGGAAUAGGCUUUGCCGGAGCACCCCUCGCCACCGCCAUUACGAACUGGCUACUCUUCCUUGGUCUCACCGGCUACAUUGUCUGCAGCAAAGCCAAGGAGGCGUGGGGCGGGUUCACGCUCGACUGCCUAGACGGCAUCUGGGAGUUCUACCGCUUGGCCAUCCCCAGUGCCGCCAUGAUGUCGUGCAGCUGGUCAGCAUUUGAAAUGGUCACCUUUGGGUCGUCGAUGUUUGGACCUGUCUCCCUGGCCGCCCAGGCGUGCAUUUUCAGCGCCAUGAGUCUGACGUACCAGACGCCAGCGGCUAUUGGCUCGGCAGCAGCUACCCGGGUGGGCAACUCGCUGGGAUGCGGCAAGCAGAGGCGCGCACGGUUCUCAGCAUACAUUUCCAUGUGCAUCGGGUAUGCUGUCGGUAUGACGUGCUCGCUGAUGCUGUUCCUGAACCGCCACCGCUGGGGCUACAUGUACUCAGACGAUGAGGAGGUCGUCACGCUCUGCAGCAAGCUAAUGCCAUACUUUGCUGCUGUCCAGACAUAUGAUGGCAUGAACGGACUGGUUGCUGGUAUUCUGCGCGCCCUGGGCAAGCAGAGUCUGGGAGCCAUCCUGGCGUUCCCGUCGUUCUGGAUACUUGCUGUGCCCAUUGCCUUCUACCUGGGAAUGGGUCCGCCGCACCUCGAGGUCAUUGGGCUGUGGCUCGGACUGGCAGUUGGUGUCAUCCUGUACUCGCUGGCCCAGCAGUGCUACAUCCUGUUCUACAUCGACUGGCGCCAUGAGGUCAAGGUAUGCUUGGACCGACUGGCACGGUCCACAAAAAAUCUGGACCCCGUGCAGUCUAGAAUUGCUGCUGGUGGCUCUGAUGAUGGGAUGUAUAGAACACCCGUCACCCGCACAAGCUCGAGCUCGAGCUCAAGCUCAAGCCCAACUACGGACAACUACGGCACACUAGUCUAACCGUUAACAACCCCCGCGCCAUACCCUCCCACGUCAUAUAAAUGCUUCUUAUAAACCCCCUUUAUCAUUCAGCACACUAAACGUUAAAUAUUCAAGUUCAAC